CUCCUCUAUCGCGCCUACAUAGCACAAAGAAAAUUCCGUGUGGUGUUAGAUGAAAUCAACAAUUUAUCUCCACCAGAAUUGCAACCAUUAAAGACCUUAGCCGAAUAUUUCGCCAACCCACAUCGUCGCGAGGCCAUAGUAGCUGAACUUGACAAGGAAGCUAGUCAUCCAAAUUUCGAUAAUCAUAAUUUCCUGAUUGUAGCUGCGACCAUUUAUUAUCACGAAAAGAAUCUGGAGGCUGCUCUCCGAAUAUUACACGACGUGGAUCAUUUAGAAUGCAUGGCACUGACAUUGCAGAUAUAUCUCAAAAUGGAUCGUCCAGAUCUGGCCCGUAAAGAGCUAAAGACGAUGCAGGAAAAGGAUGAUGAUGCUACUUUGACUCAACUUGCUCAAGCAUGGGUUAACAUUACUAGCGGUGGUGACAAACUGCAAGAUGCUUAUUACAUCUUUCAGGAGAUGAUUGACAAGCAUUCCAGUACAAGCAUGUUAUUGAAUGGACAAGCUACUUGUUUUAUCGGACAAGCUAAAUAUGAGGAGGCGGAGACGGCUUUGCAAGAGUCUCUCGAUAAAGAUAGUAAUAAUCCAGAUACAUUGAUCAAUAUGAUUGUUCUUUCCCAGCAUAUGGGCAAACCACCAGAAGUGGCGAAUCGUUAUUUAAGUCAGUUGAAAGAUUCCCAUUUGGAGCAUCCUUUUGUCAAGGAAUAUUUGCAAAAAGAGAUAGAAUUCCAUAGACUUAAGGAACAAUAUUCAUCUUCCGCCUGAGUUCCACUCAACAGAUUGUGGCAUUCUGUGGGAUAGGCUUGAUCGAGUCUUGAUUAUAAAUGAAUCCAAGCAGAGACUAAAUAAGUGACUCCAUUGACGGCCUCCAAUGAGUAAAGUUUAUUCUGUUUAAAUAAAAAAACUUUUUUAAAGUUGUAAUAUUGAAAUAGAUUCUGAUAUAGUUAUACAGUGCAUUUCAAACUUAGCGGACUUUAAUUAUUAAAAUAUACUUUUUUGUUAUUGUUUUAUUUAUAUCGAGAAUGGAAUGAGAUGUGAUCACGCAAUAUUGAUUCUUAGAAGAAUUCAUGAUCCAGUUUUCAAAAUGAUUUGCAUAUACUGGGAUUCCAUAAACAUUCUAACAAUUUCUCGUAGAAUAGAAAAUAAUGCGCGAAAUUAUAUAUAUAUAUAUAUAUCCUAUAAAUAGAAACAUCUCUCUUUUAUAGAUAUAUAUGUUAUUUUUCAAUAUUGAAAUAUUUCGUUUUUAUAUUAAAUUAAGUAUGUUAACGAAAAAUAAAUACGGAUAUGGAAAAGUUGUAUGGAAACAAUGUAGACUUGAAAUUGUAAGAAUGGAAUCAUAUGUGACUGAAGAAAUCGCGACUUCUUUUAUCCAUUUUAUCCUAAUAUUAUACUCUCAUCAUACAUAAUCAAUACAUAACAAAAAUAUGGCUGCCAUUUUAUAAAAUUAUAAAUUAUCCAAACUAAAUAAACAUUAUUAGCAAGUUUCACAUGGAAUUGUCUCUUCGUGUAAUAUUCGUAUUAUCCAUUUAGAGGUGUACAGAUAAACGAAUUAGAAUAAAAUAUUUCAUACAUUAUAAAUAUAUAUAAGCCAAAAGAGA